AUGACAUCUUCAAUCCCCAGCACGCAAAAGGCGAUAACGAUCCAUGGCAACGUCGCCAAGGUCAACAGCAAUGUGCCCGUCCCGCAGGUCAAACCCACAUAUCUACUCGCCAAGGUGGAUUCUAUCGCUCUGAACCCGACGGAUUGGAAACACAUCAACGGGAAGCGGGCGGCGGAGAACGGCAUCAGCGGCUGUGACUUUGCGGGAACGGUGGUCCAAGUGGGCGCUGAUGUGAGCAAGCACUUCCAACCGGGGGACCGCAUCGCCGCCACGACACACGGGGCCAAUGCCAGUGAGCCCACGGAUGGUUGUUUUGCAGAAUACGCCCUCGCCAAGGCCGAUUUGGCCGUCAAGCUUCCCGACUCCCUGUCGAUGGAAGAUGCUUCCACUUUCCCCCUCGGAGUCUCGACCGUGGGCCAGGGUUUGUUCCAAAAGGCCCUCAAGCUCAAUUUACCCACCAAUCCCACGAAGAAGGGAGAGACCGUUUUGAUCUAUGGCGGUUCGUCGGCCACCGGUUCUCUUGCCAUUCAAUAUGCCAAGCUCGCAGGAUACAGAGUCAUCACCACGUGCAGUCCACACAACAACGAUUUUGUCAAGUCGUUGGGUGCCGAAGCCGUGUACGACUACAAGAGCCCGACCUGUGGCAAAGACAUCAACCGAGACACCAACGAUUCAUUGAAGCUGAUCUGGGAUACCAUCUCCUUGCCAAACACCGGCAAGAUCUGUGCCGAAGCCAUCUCAUCCGAUCCCUCGGGCGCCAGAUAUGGCUCCAUCCUGCCCGUCAAAUUCCCAAAGGAAGGCGUGGAGACCACCAUGACAUUCAUGUAUACCAUCUUCAAUGAACCCUUCUCCAAGGCCGGUCGCGACACUCCUGCCAUCCCCGAAGAUUUCGAAUUCGCCAAGGACUUCUUCGCCAUUACUGAGAAACUCCUGGCCGAAGGUAAACUCAAGACGCACCCCGCAAAAGUCGGACCCAACGGUUUAGAAGGCGCUCUGCAGGGCAUGAAGGAUAUGCAGAAUGAAAAAGUGUCGGGAAGUAAGCUUGUCUACCGUAUUCGGGACACUCCCGCAAACUCCCAAGCGGAGGUAGAGUACUAG